AUGGCGCCCUCCGCAGCAGUAGUCCAGUCGCUCUCUUCCAAAGCAAAGCGCCCCAUACCACCUGGCAUACAGACAAAUGGCAUACACUCCUCAACUUCCUCGCCUUCGCCUUCUAUUUCGGCUGGUAGACUCCCCAACAGUGGCAAACCCCCGAAUUCAGCUGCGACCAAUGGCGUGGGAAACAACUCAGGAGUACGGUCUGCGAGCCGGGCGAAACGAGAACCUGGACCAUUGCUAGGUAGAGGUCAAAGAAAUAGUAGUGUUGGACUACGAUCUGCUAGUAUAGUUGGAGACUCUACUUCUUCCCAGACGGCUGAGCCGCUUCCUUACAUCCUAUCGGACGAAUACAUUCUCAAGAAAUAUCGCAACCGAGCACCAUCGCUAAUCGUACAUCUUCACCCUACACACUUCAGAUUCGAUCAGCAAGAAGGAAGUUUCUCCUACAAGUCUCCAAUGAGAGUCCUUAUUGAAAAUCUCAAGGAACGUACCAUCCCGCACGAAUUAGUUGAGUUCUUGACGGAAGUGCCUUUUUAUGAAGGCUGCAUGAUUGUCCAGAUACAUGAUCAUAAAUCCACGGCUCCAUCGCAAGGCGCAACACGGCCAACUUCCAAUAUAGGAAAAACCAUCCCAUUUUCGGUCCACAACUACAACUAUCAUAUCACGCCCUCACCUUGGGUACCAUUUCCAGCCCAAAUCAAUUCAUCAGGGAAGGGAAAAGGUCCAUCAGAAGCGGAUGGAGACAAAAAGUCGAAGACCGCUGAGCAGAAAGACAAGGAGAAUAUGCCUGCUCCAGCUUUUCCUGUCGAUGGCCAACGUGGAAAAGCUGCAGUUCAACCCAAGAUCCCUAGAAUAUCUACCAUUGUCCUUCGUCCGACACCACUCAGUGCUCAUGUUGAUCUCGCCAUGAAAGCCGCUGAUGUCCUAUCUGGCGGAGAUGGACACUCUCGUCAAGAUGGUGGGCCAUUAUCUGCGACAGUACCUCCCACACCAACCGCUGUUGUUCCACCAACCCCCCAGAGUAGCAUGGCACCUCCCGCAAAGCGACAGAAGAAAAACAAGUUGGAGCUUAACAGCAACAAUGUAUACGAGGCAGAAGCGCAAAUUUUCAUUGCUACCACAGCCCCACUUGUCCUCGAUCCCGUUGAUAAUGCAGCCGCCUCAGCUGCUCUAUUGAAAUCACUGUCACACCCGAUGCACUCGGAGAAGCCACCAUCACCUAAGACGCGAAAGAGAACGGUUGCAGAGAUGGCAGCAGAUGAAGCAGUGGCAGCAGAGCAAGAACGGUACUUGCUUACCUUGGAUGAGCGACUUUCAAGUAAUCUCAAUGCUCAGGGUGGUGGUAAUCCAGCAGAUGGCGAUGGCCAAGCUGGAGGAGCAACCUUUGAGCCUCGCUUCGAAAAAUUCAAGGCUAUAGAAAACAUUAAAACCCAACACGAAGAGAAUAAGAGGCUGGAGAAGCAGAGACAAGCCGAAAACGACAGGAAAGUACAGCAGGAGCGAGAGAGAGAGCGGCUUAGAAUCGAGUCAGAGAAAAGGGAGGCGGAUAAGCAGCGUGCCACCCAGGCACAGGCUCAGAUGCAACAAAACGCCCGUCGGCAGCAGCAGCAGCAGGCCAAGUUACAACAAGGUCUUCAAGGAGUGCCUCCUCAGAUGCAACCCCAGCAUGCACAUCCACCUGCGAACAACAUCAUCCCAAAUGGUAUACAAGGGCAGCCGCAACGUUUCCAUAAUCAACAAGGUUCUCAAGCGCAGGUUUCGUCGCCUAUUAUUCGGAACGGCACGCCGCAAAAUCAUUCAUCGCCCAUAGUUGGUAACAUGGGUAAUGUACCUAUGCAGCAUUCUACAUCAAGUAUGGGUGGCAGUCCACCUCGUCCGGGAUCUGUUGUACAACAAAAUCACCCCCAGAUGGGUGCUCAAGGCCAUGGUAUGGUCCCACAGAGAAGCCAACAGAGCCAUGCCGGAACGCCCCGGAUGCCGAAUUCCACCCCUCAUAUUCAAUCAACGCCUCGACAGCUGAGCCAGACACCACGAUUAAGCCAAGGCAGUCCAGUCCAAGUUCCAAUGGCUCAAGCCCAAACUCCAAUGAUGAUGGCGAACGGCCAGAUGCAGAUGAACAAUCCUAACCACCUCAUGCGACAACAACAAAUGCAGGCAAUGCUCAGGCAGAAUGCUGCUGGCAUGGGCGGAAUGGCGAAUGGUUCACAAGUUAGUCCUCAAGCUAUGCAUUACGCCCAGGCUCAGGCUCGCAUGAUUCAACAACAUCAACAGAAUCAACAGCAGCAAGGCGGCAUGCAAAUGGGCGGUAAUAACAAUCCUCACCUCGCACAAUACGCUGCUCAAAUGGCUGCCAUGGGCCAGCAAGGAAUACAUCAAGCAAGCAUGAACCAAAACUUUAGGAACAAUGGCCAGCCUAUGAAUGCGCAGCAGAUGCAAAUGCAGCAGCAAAUGCAAUACCGAAUUCAACAAGCUCAAGUUCAGGCGCAGGCUCAAGCGCAAGCACAAAUUCAGGGUAUGCAGCAACAACCGCAGCAGCAGCAUCAACAACCAGGUGGCUUAAAUCCAAUAAUUGCGGCGCAAAUUCGACAACAGGCUGGUUUAUUCUAUCGGGAGCGAAUGACCGCAUUCCAAGCCCAACAUCCUGGAGGCGUAACUCCAGACCAGGACCGUAGCUUCCGAGCUCAGUGUCAGGCUGAUGCGCAAGCUGCGGUUUUGAGAGUCAGGAGAGAACAGGUGGCUCGACAAGCUAUGAUAGCUCAACAGGGUGCGGCGAUGCAGCAGAACAUGAACAUGCAGAAUAAUAUGCCAAUGUAA